AUGACUCAAGAUUCUGGAAAGAAGAUCGUCACCAGUCCCAAACCUAUCAAGAACUCGCAUGGAGUCAAAUUCCUUGGUUUGAAGUCUGCUACUUCUACUCCCUCUAGGGUUACUCGUUCUGCUGCGAAAAUUGUUUCUCUAGAAUCAUCUGGACCUGCCAAGAGGACAAGGAGCAUGAAGAUCAAGCAUGUGGUCAAGCGAGGUACAGGGAAAUCAUCAUGUAUUCAGGAUAUCUCAGAGGAUUUCAUUCCUGACCCACUGUCUGAGGAUAAUCAAGAAAGGGAUGUCGUCGAUGCUGAAGCAGAGCAAGUUAUCCACAAUGUCCUGGAGACACUUGCUGAUGUUGCAACUGCACCAAAUGUCGUGCCAAAUGUUGAAUCACAGGUUGAUCGUGAUUCUGAACCAAACUCUGAAGCAAACCCUAGUGAAUCUGAUGUAGAGAAGGAAGAUGAUACGAAUGUUGCUACUCAAGAAUCUUCAAGUGAGAAGACUCCCUCUGUUGAAAUGUCUCAUGAGAAAACCGUGGAGCCUAUGUCAAGAAAGGGUAAGGAACCAGUGUUGAUUUCCUCUGAAGAAGAGGUCUCUGAUGAUGAAGAAGUGCCCACAAAGGCCUCUGCUAGAAAGAAGGCUACAGUGUCUGCAAGCAAGCAUGUUGCAGGUCAGACAGGAAAGAAGAAGAAGAAGAAGGAUUUUGGUUCUAGGUCUCUCAAAUUUCCAACAGCAUCUCAGAUCUCAGUUCCUGAGAAGAAGACAAAGAAAGAAAUGAAGAAGGAGCGGAUAGCUGCCUCCACUGGAAGAAAGAGGAAGCAUGUUGCUACAACAGAUUCUGAACCAGAAGUCGAGCCAGAUGUCCCUGACAUCUCCACUUUGGCCAAGAAACGGAUCAAAGGAAAGAAAAUUCCUUUGAAUGUGCCAGAAGCACCCAUUAAUAAUGUAUCCUUCCACUUUGCCAGUUCUGCACAAAGUUGGAAGUUUGUUGUUCAGAGGUUAGUCAUAGAGAGGGAACUUCAUGCAGAUGCCUUGGAACUCAAGAAAAUUAUGGAUUUGUUGGUUAAUGCAGGUUUGAUGAAGACUGUCAAGGACAUUGACAGAUGCUUUACUCAUCUGGUUAGGGAUUUCAUUAUGAACAUCCCUACUGACUGUGAUGAUGAGAGCAGCUAUGAGUAUAGGAAGGUAUAUGUCAGAGGAAAGUGUGUAAAUUUCUCUCCUGAAGUUGUGAAUGAGUUUCUGGGAAGAAGACUAGUGGCUGGACUUGAUGAAGAACCUAAAUUGAAUAGGGUUUCGACGACCCUGACUGGGAAGAUGGUCAAGAAGUGGCCAAAGAAAGGAUUUCUCCCCUCUGGGAAAUUGACUACAAAGUAUGUUGUUCUUUUCAAGAUUGGAUGUGAAAAUUGGAUGUCCACCAAUCAUCUCUCUGGUGAAACCCCUCCCCUUGCAAGAAUGCUCUAUCUGAUUGGUACUGGUGGUGAAUUUGACUUUGGCAAGCUUGUUUUUUAUCAGACUCUGAAGCAUGCAGGCUCUUAUGCUGUGAGAUUGUCUAUCCUAUUUCCAUGCCUUCUGUCUGAACUCAUCGUCAAACAACAUCCUCAUGUUGUGAGGCCUGAUGAACCUCAAGGUAAGAAACCUAUGUCUCUCAAGUUUGAUUAUCGUUUGUUUGUUGGGACACAUGUUUCAGACAUUAUGCUAUCUGCUGCAAAGGGUCCUGCCAGUACCAGUGGUACUAAGGCAGGUGGUUCAAGCAAGGAUGACAUCUUGGCUGAAUUGAGGGCUGUCUCCAAAUCCUUGGAUGCUACUAUUCAGGCUUCCAAGAUCAGGAAGAAGAGUGUGGACAAGCUCAUCCAGGUCUUAUCCCAGGCUCCUGCUGCUGCUGAGGAAGGGAACAGUGAAGACAUUGCUGAGAAUGUUGAGGAUGACUCAGCUGCUCAUGAGGAAGAAGAGGCUCAGUAUGAAACUGCUGGCGAAGAAGAGGAUGCAUCUGAACGGGAUAAUGAGGAGACUGAUGCAGAAGAGGCGGAGGAUGUCACUGGCUCCACCAGUUCUAGCCCUCGUAGCACCUCUCUUUAA